UUGAACCCAUUUGAAUGCAUUAAUUAGGCGUAUUUUUUUCCUUACAGAUUUUGAAAAGUAUCAAUUACUUGAAGGCACAUAAGAGCAUGCUACAAUGCCUGUAAAUCUUGACAAAUGAUUCAAAAUAUGGAAUAUUUGUUCAGAGAUUGCAGCAGAAUAAUGAAUCCAACUUUUUUAUUUCUUCUAGUCAUGAGAAUUUUGGGGGAUUCUGCAGGCCAUUCUUGAUACUUUCUUGGUGACCAAACCUGCACUCUGGUACUGCUUCACAGAUCUGUCAUGACCCAGCACUUCAGAGAGGAAUGGCUCACUUUGUGACCUAAGUUGCAUCAGGAUGAAUAAAAGUAGUUUUAGCUUAUAUGGACAAAGACUUUGGAAAAGAAGAAUGACGUGUUGGAGAAAAAUCCUUUGCUAAUCUCUCUUGCAGGGAUUGUCACUAUCUUUUCAAGAUGGAUAGUGUUCAGACACUCCUCUGAUGCAAUUGUGAGUUGUCCAGCUGCACUGGGAGAGUUGGGUCUGGUGGUGUCAGAGGCCACCAGUCUUUUGAUAUGCAGGCAUUGGGUGGACCCCAGCUUACAGCUUCUUUUCUGACAAGAUCAAAGGAUUUUCCUGCAAGGAAAUUGCUCUGUGACUAGCCAGGUUUCUGCAAUCCCUACCACACUAAGCUCUCGCUGGAAGUUCCACAAGAACUUUGGCUGUCACACAGUCAGUAUUAGUUUGUUGUUGUUCAUGACAUUCCAUAGAAUAUGAGUUUCUGCUCAUCCUGAAAACUACCUGAGAGCAUAUCAGGACCCCUGUGAAAAAUGUGUCUGUCUCUCUAUGCUAGUAGACAUGGUGCAGAACAUUUUUAACCAGUUUAGCCAGGCAGUUCCAGAAUUGAGUUCUCAAAGGAGCCAUGCAUACACUGGAUUUCUGUAGUGGAAGUGGACAAGGCAGUUGGAGAGGGCUGCAGUUUGUGAGGCUGUGCAGCAGCGCCGGGCAGGCUGUGGAGCCAAGGAGUUGCGGGGCUGCCACCGGGUUUGUGGUCGGCGUCACCAUCCGGUGGCCGCUGGGGGAGCAGUCCCCAGCCAGGCACCAUGAACUCCGGCACCACUGCCCCGCAGAAGGUCACCAGCAACCCCACCAACACCGAUGUCAACUAUGUCAUCAAAGAGCAUUAUAAUUACACGGGAAAGCUAAAUGAGAGUGUGGACACUGGAAUUAAAGUGACGUCGGUGGUUUUUAUCAUCAUUUGCUGCUUUAUAAUUUUAGAGAACAUUUUUGUCUUGCUUACCAUCUGGAAAACCAAGAAGUUUCACAGACCCAUGUACUAUUUCAUUGGGAACUUGGCUCUUUCAGACUUGCUGGCUGGUGUGGCUUACACUGCCAACCUCCUGCUAUCUGGACACAAAACCUACAGCCUGACCCCCAACCAGUGGUUUGUAAGAGAAGGCAGCAUGUUUGUUGCUUUGUCAGCUUCUGUGUUCAGCUUGCUGGCCAUUGCCAUUGAGAGAUACAUCACCAUGCUGAAGAUGAAACUCCACAAUGGCAGCAACAGCUUCCGCUCCUUCUUGCUGAUCAGUGCGUGCUGGGUCAUCUCCGCCAUCCUUGGGGGGCUCCCGAUCAUGGGCUGGAACUGCAAGAACCUCUUGUCCAACUGCUCCACCGUGCUGCCUCUCUACCACAAGCACUAUAUUCUCUUUUGCACAACCGUUUUCACUGGCCUUUUGUUAUCUAUUGUGGUCCUCUACUGCAGGAUCUACUCCAUGGUGAGGACUAGGAGCCGCAGGCUGACAUUUCGGAAAAACAUUACCAAAGCUACCAGGAGCUCAGAAAAGUCACUAGCCUUGCUCAAGACAGUGAUCAUAGUCCUGAGUGUCUUCAUUGCCUGCUGGGCUCCUCUGUUCAUCCUCCUUUUACUGGAUGUGGGGUGCAAAGUGAAGACCUGCCCAAUCCUCUAUAAAGCAGAGUAUUUCUUAGUACUGGCCGUGCUCAAUUCAGCCACGAACCCUAUCAUCUACACCUUGACAAACAAAGAGAUGCGGAGGGCUUUCAUCAAGAUUUUGUGCUGCUGCACAUGUCCCCCAGCAGAUUCUGGGACCAAAUUCAAACGGCCAAUCAUUGGGGGGAUGGAGUUCAGCCGGAGUAAGUCUGACAACUCCUCACACCCACAGAAGGAGGACGGUGACCAUCCGGAAACCAUCAUGUCUUCGGGCAAUGUUACCUCAUCUUCUUAGGAGUAACCAUGGGGGUGUAUUUCAGAGUCUUCCUCUGAAAUCAGGGAGCUGGGACGCCUCCUGCUCACAGCAGCAGUGUUGGGCUGAGUGAGCAAGUAGCAUUAGUUCUAAUGAGGCAAACGGUGCACUUGCGAGGCUGGAGUUCAAGAAAUGGGACACAGUGUUCUGGCUUGAAAAUCUUUUUCCCUGGAGCAUGUUUUGUCUUUGCGCUGAGGCAGCUCAGGAUUGUCAGGCGCAUUCAUAUCCUGAAAUCUCCUUAGUAACUCUGAAAGACUGAUGCCUUGGCGAAAUGAUGCCUGGUGUGUGUGAGAGAAAGAGAAAGGGGGAGGAGGGAAAGGGAGAAUGAAUCUUUUUUUUUUUUCCCCUGUGAGAAGAAUGUGAAGUUUUUUCUCUUCACAGCAAACCACUGACACAAAGAUCUUUCUGUACUGAAUUUAGUGGUGGCUCUGGUAUCGUUGGUAAGAAGUGUGUUUGUUUAGUACAUAACAUGGAAGGAGAUCACACAAAUGUAACUUAGACCACAUACAACCAUAAUUGGCAUAAUUUUGCAGAGCUUUUAGUUAAGUCAUAAGGUUUUGUUUGCAGAGUCCAAAGCUCUUGGGGUUUUACUUAGCAAGAUUAUAGCUGUGAAUUUUUGCUGUCAGUCUGUAUUACAUUUGAAGACCAUGAGCUAGAUUCUGCAGUUACUUUCGCCUGUACAAUUCCAUUGACUGCGUCAGAUUUAAUGGAGUAGCUCAGAAGGGCAUUUGGCCCCAUAUUUUGAUUGCCUUUUUAUUCUAUAGCAUUAAAUAAACUGCAUUAUCAUGAAAAAUGCAAGGAAGAACUAAAUAUCAUUUCUCUUCAAGAUGACUUGAAAGUCUACAAAAUAGUAAAAAAUACUAUUGACAACAGUGGGAUUUUUGCCUAAGUAAGAAGAGCUAAAAACUGAAGGGGUAUUUCAGUGUCAGGUUCACGGUCUUUCCAAAAGUAAGGACCAGUUGGAAAAUCAGAAAAGAGUACGUCGGGUUUCAGAAAAAGUAAAAAGAAUGUUGAAGUGAAAUGACUAUAGAUAAAUGCACUUCCAUAACAAAAUGCAAUACAUUUUGGCACAUUUUAUUAAUGUUUAUAAUUUCAGCAAAGAUGUCUGUAUUUUAUCAUGGAAGAAGUACCUGUCGUUAAAUUGAAUGUAUUUGUUUUACAGCAUCAUUUUUACUUCUCUAUUUUUCUAACCUGUGCUAAUGGGGUUGAAUGUGUACAAUGUAAAUAAGAUACAGGAGUCUUCAUGCGCCUAGAGUGUUACUAUAACAAAUGUGGUAUAUCUGGGAUAGCUGAGAGCAAUUGACUUACCUACAGUCAUCAGCAACUCCUAGGACUGGUAUUUUGUAAAGAAAAUGUAUUGCCUUUGUAGUAAAAUUUCCAGUGCAAUUAAACUGUUGGGGUUUUUUUUCUGGUUUAAAAAAUAGUAUUUAAAAUGUUUCUGACUUUUAUUGUUCAAUUUGCACAUAGCUUUAUUGACUUCUAAACAUUAAUAAACUGAUUUUUUAAAUGAGUCUACUAUCA